GAGACUGGACUAAUCACUGUGCUGGAACAUACAAGAACUACUACGGAUCAAUGUGUUGAUUACUUGGAGACACUUUUAUUCAUCUUAGUUAAAACAAAACUUGACACGUUCACUACAGUCGAGAGCUGAAAUGGAGAAGAGAGGAAACGUGUUGGAUUCACUAAAGUACUCUUGUUCGAUCUGUCUGGAUCUACUGAGGGAUCCGGUGAUGAUUCCGGAGAAACUGCAGCAGGAGAUCACUGACCUGAAGAGGAGAGACGCUGAGCUGGAGCAGCUCUCAGACACCGAGAACCACAACCAGUUCCUCCACAACUACCCCUCACCGUCACCCCUCAGUGGCUCCACACUCUCAUCCAGCAUCCAGAUUCGUCCUCUCAGGUACUUUGAGGACGUGACAGCAGCUGUGUCAGAGACCAGAGAGAAACUACAGGACCUUCUGAGAGAGACGUGGACAAACAUCUCACUGUCAGUGGCUGAAGUGGAUGUUUUACUGUCCGAACCAGAACCAGAACCAGAACCAAAGACCAGAGCUGGGUUCUUGAAAUAUUAUAGAAAAAUAACUCUGGAUCGAAACACAGCAAACUCAUAUCUGUUACUGUCUGAGGGGAACAGAAAAGUGACAGACAUGAAAGAAAAACAGUCAUAUUCUGAUCAUCCAGACAUAUUCAGUUAUUGGAGUCAGGUCCUGAGUAAAGAGGGUCUGACUGGACAGUGUUACUGGGAGGUGGAGUGGAGAGGAAAAGAAGUCUAUGUUGCAGUCGUAUACAAGAACAUCAGCAGAAAAGGAAACUCAAAUGAUUGUAGACUUGGAUACAACAACAAAAGCUGGUCUUUGUGUUGUGACACCAACAGUUACACAUUCAGGCACAACAACAUCCAAACUCGUGUUUCAGGUCCUGCUUCCUCCAGAGUUGGAGUUUACCUGGACCACGGAGCUGGUCUUCUGUCCUUCUACAGCGUCUCUGAGACCAUGACCCUCCUCCACAGAGUCCAGACCUCCUUCACUCAGCCGCUCUACGCUGGACUUUCACUUUGGGGUGAUAAUUCAGCUGAGCUUGUUAACGUUAAGUAAUUUAACCAUCAGUGUAUCAACUGUGUUACAAGAAGACGGUUGGAACAAAAACUAAACUGAUGAAAGAAAUCAAGUUUGUGGUUUUUAAUGAACAAGUGCGUAAAUAAUGAAGAAGUAACAAAAACAUGACCUUGUAUGAGAGAGAAAUGUGUUUUUAACUGGUGAUUGAAAUAAUAUAUCGGUGAUUAUAAAACCUGUAAUUUCUUAUUUCUUAGAUUGAAUCACUGUAAUCUAUUACUAUCAUGGAACAAUGAUACUUAUGUUAAACAUUUAGACGUUGUGGGUUCUGAGUGGGUUUGAUUGAUCAUUAUCAGUGAAUUAAAUGUAAAUAUAAACUGGAAUCAGUUAAAUGAUUAAUUAAUUCCUUUUAGUUGUAUAUCUUUUAGUUUUUUAAGGGUUUUUCCAACAUCUCAGAUUUGUAUAUCUGUUGUUUUUUUUCUUUACAUCUAUGAAA